CCGCCGCACAAUAAUCCAACAUGGAGUAAUCAGAGAUGGGGCUCGUCGGGGCCACCCUCAGCAACAUCAACGCGUACUUCAUCUAAGGGAUUUUCGGAAAUACGCUCAAGCGCUCAAACGGUGGGAAAUUAUUCGGCGGAUCCGAUUCAGCCUCUUUUUGUACCGAGAUCCCGCAAGGUUUUCAUCGGCGACCGGUUAGGUCCAGUGAAAAAAGAAAAAAAAAAGAGGAAAAAAAGAAACGAAAACCCAUCAAGACGGAGACGAGGAGAGGAGAGAGAAAAAGAGAGGGCGACGGGAAGACGCGUUACAGCCGAACGAAAUGUGAGGGAUUAUUGGGAAAAACAGCGGCGUAAAAAUGACGAACGAACAGAGUGCACCCGUUGUGGGAUUUUUUUGUAGGUGAAACGAGAAAAAUGAUUGAAGAAACACACCCAAACGAUGACAGUUACAUUGUGCGCGUCAAAGCGGUGGUCAUGACCCGAGAUGACUCGAGCGGGGGAUGGCUGGCACAGGAAGGCGGGGGCCUCAGCAGGGUGGGCGUCUGUAAGGUGAUGCCUGCUGAGCUGCCCGGCCGCAGCGACUUCCUCAUCCACGGCGAGCGCCUCAAAGACAAGCAGGUGAUUCUGGAAUGCUUCGUGAGGAAAGAUCUGAUUUACACCAAGGCCACGCCCACUUUCCACCACUGGAAGGUCGACAACAAAAAAUGUGGCCUGACGUUCCAGAGCCCCGCCGAUGCCCGUGCCUUUGACAGAGGUGUGCGGAAAGCCUUGGAGGACAUCACGGAGGGCUCCACAACUUCCUCUUCAACACUCCAGAAUGAGGCUGAACUUGGGGACGAUGAUGUGUUCACAACUGCAACCGACAGCUCCUCAAACUCAUCUCAGAAGAAGGAGCUCUCUACACAGCUAGUGGCCACCUCCACCUUCUACGAGCCUCAUCCACAUCGCUGUAUACUGCAGUACCGGCCGCCUGAGCGCUACAGCCUGGAUCAGAAGUUCUCCAGAAACCCUUUCCCGUUUGAGGAGGAGGAGAUCGUGCGAAUCAACCCCCGGGAGCGCUGGCUGAUCACAGGCUACGAGGACUACCGAUACGCCGCCGUGCCGGACAAGUUCAUCCAACACGAGGACUCAGACUCGUACGUUCACAUUGCUAAGAACGAACCCUUAAAGCACGACUACAACUACCCCUACGUGCCCAGCUCCGACUUCAGCCAGUGCGACCUCAAGAGCCACUGCGGCGGGGGCGAUGGGGGCGUAGUGGCCACCCAGCCGCGGGCCUUCAAGCUCAAGGGCAAGCGGCGGAAAGAGGACGGCGAGCGCUCGCGCUGCGUCUACUGCCGGGACAUGUUCAACCACGAAGAGAACCGGCGCGGGCAGUGCCACGACGCCCCCGACCCCAUCCGGACCUGCAUCCACCGGGUCAGCUUCAUGUGGUGCGCCGACAGCAUGCUCUACCACUGCAUGUCCGACCCGGAGGGCGAGUACUCGGACCCGUGCUCGUGCGACACCAGCGAGGAGCGCUUCUGCCUUCGCUGGACGGCCCUGUUGGGUCUGUCGCUGCUGGCGCCCUGCCUGUGCUGCUACCCGCCGCUCCACGUGUGCCACCGCUGCGGCGUGGCCUGCGGGUGCUGCGGGGGGAAGCAUAAGGCCGUCGGCUGAGCCAACCCUAAACACACGCCCCUCGGAACGCUAGCACUGACGAGGGCAGGCGCUUUCACUGUCCUUUACUUCACGUUCUCUCCUGGCUCCAGACAAACAAUUGGUGCGUUGAAAACGUUCUCUUUUGGUUGUUUUUUUAUAAAUAUGAAAGUAUAUAUAUGUGUACGUUCUGUUCUUUCCCUUUUGUUGUGGAUGUUUCUCUCAGUUCCUCGGCUCUCCAGGAGCCCUCAUUCUAGGGCUGGGCGGUAUAUCGCGUACUGUAUUCUCCGCAUCUAGUCAGUGAAGCCGGUUUCUCGAUUAGUGGAAAAAUCGACUGUUUUCAAAUGCAGCUGCAGUUAAUAAACAGCACUGUCGUUCACUGACAAGCUCAAGUCAAGACAGAUUUAUUUAUAUAGCGCUUUUAACUAUAGAGAUUGUGUCCGUAUCGAAUAGGAGAAUAGAGUGUCAGUAUAAUUUAACUACGCAAAAUCGUAUUUAGUUGCGAUACUUAACAGCUUGCGAGUGAUGUACGACUCUGUGUAUUAACUGCCGCUCCAUUUGAAGACAGCUGAUCGAGAUUUCACCGAGAAACCGACUUCACUGUUGAGAUGCGCGUGAAUAUAGCAUGCGAUAUUACAUCGGCCAGCCCUACCUCAUGUCAUGCAUUACUUAUGCAGGUACUUUAUAUUUUUUACACUGAUUUGACUUUUCAAGAACUUGAAUCGCUUGCCGUUUUUUUACAUUUUUUUUUCUUUGCGGCGCGCAGCCGCCUCCGUUUCACGAAUCGGUCGUUUGCUCUUCCUGAACAGGUCCGUACAUGGCAUUUAUAUCCCAAGCCCUUUAACCGUUCAGAACAAUAACAAUGAGAUUAGCUCGAGACACUAAACCUGUAGUCGGAGGCGUCCGUUCGUAGUGCGAUUGCGGGAGAGAGUGCGUGUCGAUGCCUGCGUGCGUGUUGUAAAGGAAUGAUAACAUUGUAUCACAGCAUAGUAUUGUCGUUAUUAUAUUUAAGCCAAAUUUACAUAAGCUGCAUCCAGAGUAUAUGUAAAUACUGUAUACUCGUAUGUAUAUGUUUCAAAUCGAGUUGUUUGUAAUCACCUUGGACAGUCACGGCUGCGCUUCGGACAUGGGUUUUCCAUCGAGGGGACUUCUUUUGGAUGCGAAGGUGGCUUUUGAGUCCGAUGCGUAUUUGAUUAUCCAAAGAUUAUUUUUUGUCAUAUUUAUUCUCGCGGUCAAUUGAAUCACCAGCCAAAGGGAGAACAAAACAGAGAAAGAAAUCAUCAGACCGUGGGCAAAAAAAAAAAAAAAAAACACAGCCAUAGGAGGAAAGAGGAGUUUCCAGAGAGCCCACACCGCUUCAGCUGCAAAAAUAAAUCAUUUUUUAAAUCACACUUUUUGUCUUGAAAAACGUAA